CUGAUGAGACUCGAACUGCCAAACUGCUGGCAAAUGGCAGUCAGUAGAAUUAGCCUACAGUACUGCAUUCUGACCAUUGUGCCACCUUUUUAAGCUGGUAUUCUCCAUGCAUUGGAAGUACAACUUGGCAUUUGGUCAGAAUGAUUUGGAAUUUUGACAGUUAUGUCCCCAACAUAUGCUGUGUGGUUGGAGAAGGCUUUUCUAGGUGAAGAACAAGUAUAUUUCUCUUAAAAAUCUUUAUUUACAUAUGGAACCUGAUGUAUAUAAUAAAGUGAUGCUCUUUCCUUCUUCUGUUCCAGGUAAUAUUAUGAACCGUAAUGUUUGUUUAUAAAAUAAGAUUUUUGGAGGGAAAGAAUUUAUGGACAGUUUCUGUUUUUAUAAGUAAUGCCAAUUCGGUUUCUUUUAAAUAAAUAUGUGUACCUAGCAUUUAAUACAAAAAGUAUUUGGAAUGGACAGAGAACUGGAACCCUACACUAUUUUUACAGACCUAAACUUUUUUGGAGUAUAAGCUAUGCUUCUCCUUUUAGAGUGUUACACAUAAACAGGCAAUACUAUAAAUGGACAAGAGGCAAAACAGUGUGGCAGAAGUACUUCUACUGCCAUUACUGUUUGGGUUACAGAAUUUCUAAAUUUAGCACUUCUAAGGAAUUGACCAAAAACAAUCGCAUGUCACGAUUGAAGAACACUUUAGAAUCUGUCUCCAAGGCUGUGUCUGGCACUCACAGUGAACUAGUUUCACGGUUAGCUCGUCUAAAACCUCAAUCUGCUAUACUGAAAAAAUUGGUUAAAGCUGAUGGGAAGGAAAAUAGAUUUUUCAUCAGCUCAGAAGAAUACAGAGACGUCCCAAGUGAAAUCUAUCAGGAGGAUUAUAAUGAUAACUUACAUGAGAAAAAGGCUGUGCCUGCAGAUGGAAUCUUAGCAUCGGUCAAUACCAGUCAAGGUUCUUUGAAAGAUCCCUCAGAAAUCAAAAAUAGUCUUUUUCAUGUUAGCAAAUUUGCUACAAACUUUGGGGAAACAUACAACUUUGUAGCCCAUCAUAUCAACUGGUAUUUUAGCACUGUUGGAAUGGAUCAAGAGAAGAAAGGGAGUGUUCGCCCCCCUAACCCACCCAAACAAGGCGAAGAAACAUUUAAUUCCUCAGAAGAUGACAUUUUAAGUGAUGAAAACAGGAUGAGUGCAGUAUCUGCUUUAGUACCUGCCUCACAGUCACCAAAUGCUGACAAAGUCCCUUCUCCUUCAACUUCCAGCAAAAAGGGUAUUUCAAGUUUUCUUUCUUAUCCUAGUAACAGUGUACAGGCCUUUAUGGAUAGUUACAUUGGAGGCCUGGUACCUAAGUUACGAUCUGAUACAAAAUCUGCUGUGCAGGAAAAGACUAAAGAACAGGAACAAGAGGACAUGUUGAAAGAUGAUAAAGAGGCUAAACGUGCAGAAGAAAAGGAAAAGAGGCUAAAUCUUCAAAGAGAAAAGAUUAUUGCAAAGGUUAGUGUAGAUAAUAGAACUCGGGCUUUAACUCAAGCAUUGCGAAGAUUGUCUACUAGAAGAGUCUGUAUCAACAGAGUUGAAGAACUGACAUAUCAUCUGCUGGAAUUUCCAGAUAGUAGAGGCAUCGCCAUUAAG